AUGCGAGAGUUGCAUGUGUGUUACAGGCUCCCUGUCAAAGAGACUUUUGGAAGUGAAUAUGUUGAAAAAUGCAGACCUCUGGAAGAACAAGAAUCAGACAUUAUUGACAAUGAUCAUUUUGCCUCAAAACCAGAUAAUUCCUUGCCUCAACGUCAAUCAAGUGAUUGGACUCCUAUACCAGUUACUGACUAUAAAUAUCCUGAUAUGCCCAUAGCCAAACACAAGGAAGAGAUAGUUUCUCUGAUAGAAAGCAACUCAGUUGUGAUUGUACGUGGAGCAACUGGCAGUGGUAAGAGCACGCAAAUUCCGCAGUACAUUUUGGAUUACUGCACUCAACAAUCUACCUACUGCAAUAUUGCUGUCACUCAGCCUCGGAAAAUUGGUGCCACCAGCAUUGCCAGAUGGAUUAGCAAGGAGCGAUCCUGGACAUUAGGUGGAUUUGUAGGAUACCAGGUUAGUUUAGAGAAAGUUACCACAAAGGACACAAGGCUGACAUACAUGACCACAGGAGUUCUUCUUCAGAAACUAGUUUGUGCUAAAAGUCUGACUGAGUUCACUCAUAUUUUCAUUGAUGAAGUGCAUGAGCGUACAAAAGAAAUGGAUUUCUUGCUCCUGGUAAUCCGUAAACUACUGCGUACAAAUUCACGAUUUGUAAAGGUAAUAUUGAUGUCUGCUUCCAUCAACUGUAAAGAAUUUGCUGAGUACUUUGCAAUUCCAGUUCAUAACAAACUGAAUCCAGCCUAUAUAUUUGAGGUGGAAGGCAAACCUUAUGCUAUUGAAGAAUAUUAUCUUGAUGAUUUGAAGCACCUUGUUCACUUCAAG